AUGGUCUGACUACGCAAGACUACAUCUCUUCUUCAUGAUGUCUCGACUCGUCGAAGCUGCCACGUACGCUCCAGAGUGGGUUCGGUGCGUUGAGAAAUUUUAUGGUGUUGGAUUCCUCAGCGCAGGAGGCGAGAGAAUAUGCCAGGAUCUUGUUGAAAGGCUUGCGGUGAAAGAGGGUGAUUCUGUGUUGGAUGUCGGAUCAGGAUCAGGAGGAAUGGCUUUCUGUCUUGCUGAGAACGUCGGUGCUACUGUUACUGGUGUUGAAUAUUCUGGCUCGUUGGUGACACUAGCAAGGCACAGAAGUGAGAUGAAAAGUCUAACUGACAAGGUUACGUUUAUGGAGAGAGACAUGAGGAAGCUAGACUUCGAGCCUCAAAGUUUUGACGCAAUUUUGUUUUGGGGAUCUCUUGUGCACGUGAAUGCUGAAGACUGUCUUCCAAUGUUUAGAAAAGCUUAUGAUUGGUUGAAACCUGGCGGCAAACUGGUCAAGCAGGGUUUAAUGCGGUCUGAAUCCGAUGGCACAGUGACUCAGAAGUUCAAAGACUACAUCACCAGAAUGGGCUACAAUCCCAUCACAUACUCAGAAUGCAUCCAGUUUUUAUCCUCGUCUGGUCUUCAACUGCUAGAAUUCGAAAACCGACGUGACUUCUAUAUACAAGACUGUGCUGAUACACUAGACAAAGUAAAGAAGAAUUGGGACGAAAUCAUAAAGGAUGUAUCAAAGGAGACAUUGGAGAAAACCGUCUCGUUUUGGGAAGAGAAGCGUCGGUGGGCGGAAGAUGGUGUGCUGUACGUUUGCCUUUUGGUGGCUCAACGACCACUGCAGGAGGAUUAGUUGUUGCAUGCAUUGGAGCGUAUUCUAAGUGUGUUGUGCUGAGUCAAUUUCAACUUGCAACUAACA